AUGGCCUCUUCUGAUGAGGAGAGGUUGGGUUGUGUAGUGUCUUUACUCGAUGGUGAGGCUCAUUGUUGGUGGAAUAUACUUAGGAGAGCUCAGCCCAUAGAGAUGUUUGAUGAGUUGGUUGAGACAAGUAAGGCUGUGGAAGAGACCUUGGCUGAGCCGCCUCGUUUGGUGGUUACUGAUUCUGGCACGAGAGCUUCUGAUAGUGCAUUAGGUGACCAUCUAAGAAAGGGCAUAAUAGCCAUGUCUCUGGUAGAGGAACAUGUUCUAAGGGAUUGUCCACUUAGAUUUGAGGUUGCACAUACUCAAAGUUCAGCACCUGUUACUGCGCCUGUUGAAUCUGGAGGUCCAGCUCAAAUUUAUGCUAUUAGGGAGUUGGAGGAUCAAGAAUCGACUGAUGUUAUCGCAGAGAUUCCUAUUGAGACAAUUGGUUUGGGUAUGACUGUUAUUAGUUCUUUUGGUGAUAGUGUAAUGGUAAAUAAAGUUUAUCGUAGGUGUCCUCUUAUGAUUCAAGGACAUGUUUUCUCUGUUGAUCUCAUGGAAUUACCGUUUUAUGGAUUUGAUGUGAUACUUGGAAUAGAUUGGUUAACUGAACAUAAGGCUAGAGGAUUUCCUAACGUGUUUCCCAAAAAGUUACUGGGUUUGCCAUCGGAUCGGGAAGUGGAGUUUGGAAUUGAGCUUUAUACUGGUGCUGCGUCGAUGUCCAUUGCACCCUAUCGCAUGGCACCAAAAGAACUCAAGGAGUUAAAGAUUCAGUUACAAGAUUUUUUGUUUAGAGGUGCAAUGAUAUUUUCAAAGAUUGAUCUUAGAUCUGGGUAUUAUCAGUUAAAUGUGAAGGAGUUUGAUGUGUUGAAGAUUGCUUUUAGGACUCGAUAUGGGCAUUAUGAGUUUUUGAUGACAUCUUGGGAAGUGGCAUUCUUAAGUCAUGUCGUAUCGACAGAAGGGAUACGUGUGGAUCCCAAGAAGAUAGAGGUGAUUUUGGAAUGGAAGACGACUAGGAGUGUUACUGAAGUUAGGAGUUUCUUGGGUUUAGCUGGUUACUGCAGUAGGUUCGUUGAAGGGUUUUCUCUCAUUGCCGCACCUUUAACGAAACUACUUCAGAUGAGCGUGGUGUUUGAAUGGACUGAUGAAAAGCAGAAGAGUUUUGAUCGGCUGAAGGCAGUUUUGACUAAGACACCAGUGUUGGUUUGGCUAGAACCUGGGAAGGAUUUUGUAGUUUAUAGUGAUGCUUCAUAUUCGGGACUUGGUUGCGUUUUGAUGCAAGAGGGUAAAGUUGUGGCUUAUGGUUCAAGGCAGUUAAAGAUGCAUGAACGAAAUUAUCCUGUUCAUUAUUUGAAGUUAGCUGCUGUGGUGUUUGCGCUUAAGAUUUGA